CUAGCGGUCGCGGGAGGUAAGUGCAGCGGCGGCGCGCGGGCGAGCUCCACAUUUUGCUCCGUGAGCGCUGGAGGAGCUGUCCGCCCGCACGGUGCUGAAGUGUGCCCGACGCAGCGCGACGCGGUGUAUCAAAGUUUCUUAUUGUCUCCCCAGUUCAAAGGAUGCACUGGUCAAUGAACACACUGCUGUUGCCUCCAUACAUUGAGCUGGGCGUCCAUUCUCUCAGUGGACUUCUGUGGACUUUUCUGCUCCUCUUUCUGUGGCACUGUUAUCGAAUGGGCUCCGACCUGCCCAUCCCCGGCCACGCACACGGAGGAAAGCUCAAGUCAGGCUCAAGGCGGUCCAUGAUGACCCGGGGCGGUAGCUGCGCUGGAACUAAAUGCAGUGCACGAUCAAAGCUUUUGAGGAGUGAUCAAAUUACUCCCUUUAUUUCCAUGGAAACGGAGGAGGAUGAGGAGCAGGGACAGGGCUACCUCACCCCGGUGCUGAGUCAUGCCUUGUUCCCUGGCCAGGCAUCUGCAGAAGCCAAGAAACGGUAUGAAGCACUGCAAGAGUACGCCAAGCGCUACAGUUGGGUGGGCAUGGGCCGCAUUCAUAAAGGCCUCCGUGAGCAGGUCAGAGUGAAUGAUCUCUCUGCCAUACAGAAGCCUCAUCUUUUCUUCUUGCCAGAUGUGCCGAGUGUCCCAUUCUUCCCCCGAGAUGCUCAUCGACAUGACAUUGAGGUUUUGGAAGCCAACUACUCUGUAAUCUUUGCUGAGUUCAAGGCUGUGUACCACAGAGGCAUCGACUCAAAACAAGGCUGGACCAGUCUGGGACCAAAGGGCCAUGCAGUGUUCCCUUUGUACAGUGCAGGUGUCUCUGUGGCCGGAAACUGCCGCUCCUGUCCGCGAACCUACCGGACGCUUCUCUGCCUUCGCACGUUCAUAAGCAGCAACUCAUUGGGAUCUGCUGGAUUUUGGCUGCUGGGGCCAGGAGCCACGUUGGGGAGCUCAUACGGACCCACUAAUACGCGGCUGCGGUGUCACCUUGGUCUGCAGACUCCCCCCCUGUGUGAGCUGGUGGUGGGAGGGGAGCCUCAGUGCUGGUCAGAAGGACACUGCCUCCUGGUCGACGAUUCCUUCCUCCACACCGUCUCCCACAAGGGGCCUUCAGAAGCCGGACCGCGUGUCAUUUUGAGUGUGGACCUCUGGCAUCCAAACGUGGCUGCAGCCGAGAGACAAGCUUUGGACUUCAUGUUCAGCCCUGACCUCUGAAUUUGUUCAUGCCAAUCAUGCACAACAUGCCGGCAUGCCUUACCUUAGCCCUGCUUGUUGUGGGUCAUCUAUCUCCUUCCAGUUGAUGAAUCACUGUGUGAAUCGGCCUUAAGAAUUACACCGAAUUUGUGUGAAAAUUACACAGGCUAUUGUGUGGAUUGGUAUAAUACCACUAGAGCGCAUAAUGCCACUAGAGCGCAUUAUGCCACUAGGGCAGAUGAUUAUGGCCAAUAUUAGACUUAGAUCCGUUACAAUAAUAAAUGCUAAACAGUUUGGCUACAAACUACCAACUGACAUCACCUAUAAGCACAAAAAUAUCAAAACGACAAAGAG